GGAAAUUUAAAAUAAAUUUUGUGUUAACCUACAUAAAUUGUGAAUAAAUGCAAGAAAAUAGCUUUGAUAUGCAAGUAUGAACGAAACGAAAAUCACAUUCCUUCGGCAUGUAUCAAGAAAAUAUUUACUUGUGCUAAUAUAAUGAUAAAUCGCUCCGAUACCAGUGUUCUGAAGUUCUAGUACAGUUAUCUAAUAUCUGCAAGCAGCAAUGUUAAAAAACUGAUAAAUCAUAAGGUUAAAUAACUUCCCACAAUACAAAAAUUAAAUACAAAAAAAACAAAAAAUGCAUUUACUAGAGAAGCACCCAAAAAAUGAUGAAAAUGCAUUAUGUUCAGCAUCGAACCAAUUUUCGUCAAAGCAAUGCUCAAAUGAGAAUAAUAAGCGAGAAGCUUAUGGAUUACAUCAAAAGCCGUUCUUACGAUUGCACCCUCCGUCAAAGCCGCCACCAUCAAUAAAAAUAUGUUGUGAAACCAAACAACAAAUAGCAAAUUUAAUACCAGUCAAUUGUGACAUAUCAGAAAAGAAACGAUACCCUCAUGCACUGCAACGGUCAGCUACAUUACCGGCUAAAAAUAAUCGUUUAGGUAUUAGAAAUCGUGUCACUUUUAAAAUUCCGAUUCUAGCAGCGCAACCACUAUCGGAAAAAAGCACUAACGUAGACAUUAACAAUUGUAACCCAGAUAAACUGAGUAUAAAUCUUAAAAUGACUUCGGAGGACUUGUUACAACCGGGUCAUGUUGUUAAGGAGCGUUGGAAGGUGAUACGAAAAAUUGGCGGUGGGGGAUUUGGUGAAAUAUAUGAAGGGCAAGAUCUAAUAACUCGAGAACAAGUGGCCCUUAAAGUAGAAUCAGCCCGACAGCCAAAACAAGUACUUAAAAUGGAAGUAGCGGUAUUAAAAAAAUUGCAAGGAAAGGAGCAUGUUUGUCGAUUUAUAGGUUGUGGUAGAAAUGACCGGUUUAAUUAUGUUGUUAUGCAAUUGCAAGGUAAAAAUUUAGCAGAAUUACGUAGAGCACAGCCUCGAGGUGCUUUUUCAUUAAGCACAACGUUAAGGCUUGGUUUACAGAUACUGAAAGCAAUUGAAUCAAUACAUUCAGUCGGUUUUUUACAUCGUGAUAUAAAACCAAGUAAUUUUUCUAUUGGCCGGCUACCUUAUAACUGUCGUCGUGUAUAUAUGUUGGAUUUCGGAUUAGCCCGUCAGUAUACCACUGGAACGGGCGAAGUACGCUGUCCGCGUGCUGCUGCAGGUUUUCGUGGUACUGUACGAUAUGCAUCAAUUAAUGCCCAUCGUAACCGUGAAAUGGGAAGGCACGAUGAUUUAUGGUCGCUCUUCUACAUGUUAGUUGAAUUUGUGAAUGGGCAAUUACCUUGGCGAAAAAUUAAAGAUAAAGAACAAGUUGGCUUAACUAAAGAAAAAUACGAUCAUAGAAUAUUACUAAAACACUUGCCGUCGGAUUUGAAACAGUUUCUUGAGCAUAUUCAAUCAUUAACGUAUGCUGAUAAACCAGAUUACGCUAUGUUAAUUGGAUUGUUCGAAAGAUGUAUGAAAAGACGUGGUGUGAAGGAGUCUGAUCCAUAUGAUUGGGAAAAAAUUGAUACAAGUGGCGCUAAUACUAAUCAAGUUAAUCAGCCAACUCAAUUAAAAAAUGAAUACAUUCAACAGAAUAUUACACAAAUGACAGUAGCAGCUUCAAAUGCAAGUGGAGGAGAUUAUGCACGAAGGAGAAAUGAAUUUGAGACACCACAAAUUUCAACAGAACCAGUUAAUACAAAAGAUAAAGUCGAUAAAAAUUGCAAUGAUACUGCUCUCCAAAUAGACUUGUAUCCUAACCAAAAUUUAUCUAAUCAAAACAAUUCUAAUAAUGUAUUGGGUUUGGGUGUUGGUCAUGUCACUGCUAUAUCUGAACAACAACUGGUAACUGGAUCAAAUGCAAUUUUGCAACAUGUGACUGCACAUCCAAGUGGUGUAACAAAGACGAUAACCGUUAAUUCCACUCCUCGCGACGUUCUAGUCAAUCCUCAACAACAAACUCAUAAAAUGCAAUACCAAAACCCAACAAAACAAUCAGCACCGUCGAAAAAUAACAUUGAUAUCACAAGUAACUCACCAGCACGGAAAUCAUUAACUCUUCCAUCACACUUGAGCAAUUCAGCACUCAUUCAACCUGUAAAUUACAAUGCUGUGAUUACUGACAUCUUAGUAGAUGAUGCUGUCAGUUGCGGGUCAAAUCAAUCUCAUUUACAAAAAGAUGGUGUUGCAGCUGACAAUGUAGCAAUAGUAGAAACAGAUGUAAAUGUACAAUGUAAUUAUAGACAUAGUAAUGAUUUAUUUACUAGCGUGGAUGAAAAAGGUGGUUCUCUUAAAUUAGAUAUGACUUCUAAGAAAAUACAAGCUACAUCAAGUUUUGACGGAGGUGGAAAUAAUAGUCGUGUAAUAAUACUAAACAAAAAUAAACAAUCAACAAGAAGUGCUGAGUCUAAUGUUUCUAUUGAUUUAAAUGAGAAAUGGUCUAAUAAAUGUGAAGUAAAUACUACUCUAUUAGAAGAACAAAGAUCUAAAUAUGGUCGCUUACGUGUGUUACCAUCCGGGCAUACAAGUGUUCAGGAUUUGGGACCAUCUAUAGAGACAACAUCACUUCAUGAUCAAGAUGCAACAUCACCAUUUUCUGUAGAAAAUCAAUCUUGUACAGGAGGUGGAAAUACAGCUCCUGCUGGUAAUGUUGUAAGGAUAAUUCAGCGUAAUAAUGUUACAGAGCAUAUGCGUAAUCCAAACCCAUUACUUCAACAACCUGUAAGCAAACGUUCAGCAACCCUAUUAAAUUUGCGUCCAUCCUCAGGCACAACUUUAACUCAACGCUUAAGUGCAUCUACCAGAGGUAGUGGUGGAGACCAUUCAGUUACGCAAUUUGCUUUGAUUGAUGAUGAAAAUGUCUCAGCACUUCAACAAGUUACAAAGGGUGGAGGGGCGUUGACUUUAGCGUCUCAAUGGAAAAGUCAAUUUGACGAUUCAGAAGAUACUACAGAUAAUGAAUGGAAACAAGAACCUCAGAGUCCUGAACAUAAUAUAAAAAUAGCUCACAUAUCUCAAUCUCAACCAAAUUUAAUAGAGGAUGACAUAAGAUUGAAAAAGCAAUUGAGAGAAAAUAUUGAUACUCCAUGCACGAAAGUUGAUAUAUUAUGUAAAGAAAUACCAGAAAAAGAGUUACCUGAAGAAUGCAAAACGACUAUUAGUAAUAAGUCAAUGGGUAAACGCAAAAAGUAUAAUCUAAACAUAACUGGAUUAGAGCAAUAUGUCGAUUUACAAGAAUGCGUACCGCAUUGCUGGUCCGAACCUGCCAUGGGUAAUUUAUUGCGUAGAGGACUACAACCACCAAUUGUACAACAAGCUGCAUUUGAUAACGUUGUAUAUAGGAUGGAUAUUUCUCGUAACAUUUGUGUCCGCGAAGUGCAUUCUGAAGCAACUUCCUUAUUGAGAUCUCCAACUUCUGUUAAAACAACACCAAAUUUUGGAACCAUAGUUAUAAGACAACAGACAAGUUUGCCAAACUUAUCGUUACCGGAUGUGUUUUUAAUAGAACAACCUAAAAUUAAUGGAUCCAAUGCGGCUUGUAAUAAAAACCCUAGCAAAGAUAUAAACCUACAAUACUCACAGCAACAUGCCUUAUUUGAAAGCAAUAAACCUUCUGAUCAUUCGGAAUUAAUUUGCCAGGAAAGUCUUCCGGUCGUUACUACUGGUGAUAAUGAAGGAACAACAGAGGGUUGCAUAAGUGGACGUUUGGAAAUAAGAGUUGUUCCAAAAGAGUCAAAUAUACUAACUGAAAAGUCAGUAUUGUGUAAUAGACGAGCUGUUAAUCUUGGAAAAUGUGAAUCAUCAUGUAAUUCAAUAGUGAAUUAUGAUCCCCAAAUAUUUAAUUGCAAAUGUACUGUUAGUUAUAAUAAAGAAAAAGUAAAAUGUGGUAUAGAAGCAGAUACUUCCUCCUCGAAUCAACAAAUUUUAAAUUUAAUAACUGAUUGUAACCCUGAUCAAAAUUUAUUUAACAAAGACGAAGUGAAUCCAAUUGAAUCUCAAAAUGUUUGCAAUACUGUGCCAACAAAUAAACUUAGUGGUUCACAUAAAUCGUCGUGUAUAAGUACAUGUAAUAAUACACAGAAAAUUGAAAGUGCAGCUAACCACUCAAUAGGUACUCUAGAUAAUAAUAAAAAAAUGAUAGAUAGUGGAACUUACAGUGGAAGUCAUGAAAAUGGAGCUGCACUAAGUAAAAUUCCAAUCCUUAACACACAUGCUCGUCAAUCGAAAUGUGCUUCUUGGGCUGGUUUUAAUUUAACGACACCAGCCAUUACAACUUCAACGCCAAUGAGCCAUCAGAAAACCAUAGUUAAUAACAAUUGCACAACCAGUGAUAAUUUUCAGUCUGUUAUUAAAACCAUUGGAAUUGAUAGUAAUAACAUUAAAAACAGUGUCUUUAACUGUAGUUCUCAUACAAAUUCUGGCUUUGCAGAAUUAACUCCAGCUCUUAGAAGGCGCCGUGAAGCUACAGAAAAAUAUGUAACAGAUCCAUCACAAUUACAUUUACGUUAUGCUCGCUCUUUGUCAAGAAAUUGUAGUGGUUCAAGCAGUGUUGCACCUAGUGUUGAAAAACAAUCAAUAGAGGAUCAAUACUCAUCGGAUAAUAGCGAAGAAAAAUAUUCGAAAUCACAACAACAUUUCCCAAACUGCAGUUAUGAUGGAAAUAUUGGCGGUGUUUGCGCUGAUGAUAGUAUAAAGGGAUUACAAAAUAAAUAUAGUGAAAAUGAAACAAUGAUAUGUACUAGUGUCAGGGAUAUUAAAUCUAUUAAUACCAUGACGCCACCACCAGGGGCUCCAAAAUUAGAAAAUAGUGCGCGAUUACGUCGAUAUAGACAGAAUUUAGAUUAAAUAUACUUUAUUUGGUGAACUAAAUUACCAAAAACUAAACCUACAAUGUUACACCAUAAUAGUAAAAUAUUUAAUUUACAUAAACUGACCAAUGCAUUGUUUUUUAUUUAAAUUAAG